GCUCAGUAAACCUUUGACCAAAAAGGAGUCACGAUGUUGACAUGAUCAACAGAAAAAGACUUAUUAAAGAGCCGAUAGUUUAGCAAGCUAACUGAGUUGACCACCGGCACCUACUGUCUAAAAGAAGACGGGCCAACUCUUCAUCGCCGUCCUCUACUUAAGUGCUCGCCAACAGGUGUUGGAGUCAUGAUGCUCGCUGGUUUCUUCUUCCUGCUCUUCCUUUCAGAUGUUGUGUUGCCUGAGGGUAACUGCAGUUAUCAGGAUGUUUUAAACCACCUGAACUUGUCCACAAACAACGAGCUGUUCUUUAUGACCCGACCCGUUAAAAACUACAAACACCCCACACAGGUUUCCCUGGAAGUACUACUCUACGCCAUUCUAGAUGUGGUUGAAAAAGAUCAGAAAUUCAUUCCUUAUGUUUGGACUGUCAUGAGGUGGCACAAUGAAUACAUCUCCUGGGACCCAAAUCAGUUUUGUGGCAUUGAUAAUGUUUCUCUUCCUACUGACAUUUUGUGGAAACCAGAUCUCACUAUUGAAGAAAUGACAGAGAAGGACAGAGCCCCUCCGAGCCCUUAUCUUACCAUCAAUAAUAAAGGAUAUGUUGAAGUCCAGAACGACCAGGUGCUGGUCAGCACCUGCAGGAUGCACACUUACACAUUCCCCUUCGACAUACAGCGUUGCAACCUCACCUUCAAGUCUGUCAUAUACACCGCAAAGGACAUUCGGCUCCAGUCGACGGACAACUCUUCAGAGGCCACAGAGUGUUCUCGUGAGGUGAUGCGGACCCAGUACGAAUGGCUAUUUCUCAACAUGACAGUCACUACCAGCAACGCCAGCAAUACAUUCGGCCAAGACAUCGUCAUUUACACUAUCACCAUGAAGAGGCGGUCUCUCCUCUACAUUGUCAACUUCUUGGUACCCGUCUUGUUCUUCUUGUGUCUGGACUUGGCCUCCUUCCUGAUCUCAGACAACGGGGGCGAGAAGCUCAGCUUCAAGGUCACUGUGCUGCUUGCUGUCACUGUGUUACAACUUAUCCUGAAUGAAAUUCUGCCUGCCUCGUCAAACAAGAUUCCUCUCAUAGCGGUCUACUGCAUUGGGAUUUUUGCUCUGAUGCUGCUGAGCCUCCUGGAGACAAUUUUCGUAAUGCAUCUGAUGGAAAAAGACUCUGCAUCCCGAGAAGAAGACGCAGAUAAAGACCAAAGCCUGAGUGAGGACUGUAACAAACAGGGCAAAGCCAACAUCCACGGCUGUCAUGGGGGGAUGCACAAAUGGACUGACUGUGCGUGUAUCUUUGAUGUGUCUACUGGUGAAACUCCGUCUGAACUGCUGCCUGUGGCCAAAGAGGGCAACAGCAGCAAACUGAUAGAGGAGUACCAUGCCUUGGAGAAGCUCUCAGAUGAGCUGAAGGAGAUGGAGAAAACCCUGUCCCAGCUCCUCAGCAACAGGAAGGAAGAGGAGAAGCCCGGCUACUGGACCAGAGUGGCUAAAAAAGUCAACAGAGUUUUCUUAAUUUUCUAUUUAACAGUGGUGUGUCUGUUUUUAAUUGUUAUCUUUAUCAAAUGGAACACUGCGUAGAGGUGAUCGUUGCUACAUCAAGAUAACAUGGUAAUUGUUUCCUUUGUCUCUUUUUUGCCUCAGAAAGAGAGAAAGGAAACACUUUUUUGCUUUCUUUGCAUUUAGCUGUAUCAUCCGCACAUGGACCCACAGGGGAAAAUCAAAACUAAAUUUAUUUGCUGACUAAUGACAAGUCAUUCUGUAAUUCACUGUUCUGAUUACAGAGCCUCCACCCCUCAUCACUGUCAGUAACUAUCACACCUGCUCCCACCUGGAUCUAUCCUAUCCACUGAUCCUAUUGGUGCUCAGCUCUGUUUAAGCGCUGAACACUGAACAAUGGUUUUAUUUUUCAUUUAUUGCUCUGCUGGAAGACGUGCACUCACAUACUCUGCAUGUUGUACACAAUGCUACAUCAACAUGUGUCGCAUAUACACAGAAUGAACUGGCCUGGUUGUUUUGUAAAAUCAAAGUACACUAAUCUGACAUCUAAUAUUUACAUGUCUUUAGCAAGUAAUAUGCACAAUCUUUACGUAUUGUACAUGCUUUCACAGGUUGUCUAGAUUCUUGCAGAAAACUUAAACUUAAAGAACUUUUAAAUAUUUAUGUCACGUUUCCUUCUGAGGAAAUGUGGUGCAGUGUAGUGAAUGCUGUUUACUAAAGGCCUGAUCACACAGGACGCGAGGCACGCAGCAUUGCCUUUUUUAAAAAAAAGAAUAAUCAAAUGCUUGUAGUAAAAAAAAAAAAAAUGCCCACUGCGCCUUCUUAUUGUUGCCAGGCAACCACCCCUUCACCUCCUAACACUCCUGUGUAAUCAGUGUACUGAUUAUGUAUUUAUUUAUUUCGUAGUAAUUAGUAUCUGGUCCCUAAAAUGUUG